UCAGUCGGCGCAGUUGGUUCUGCUUUGACUGAUCUUAGUGGAAACUUAAUCUUCAUGUGUGCGUUUUGGUCGUGGUUAACUGCACAAUUGAUGAAGUAUUUCACCGCAUUUUACAGAGAGAACGCUUGGGACUGGCGCGUCAUGUUUGACUCGGGAGGAAUGCCAUCCUCACAUACAGCUCUCGUUGUUGGUUUAACAACUGCCAUCGCAUACCAGUAUGGACUAGGAUCAGCUUUGUUUCCUCUCAGUCUGGCUUUCAGUCUUAUUGUCAUGUAUGAUGCAGCCGGUGUCCGUCGCCAUGCAGGCAAGCAGGCCGAGGUGCUGAAUAAAAUUCUCGAUGAUAUGUUUCAUGGGCAACCCAUCAGUGAUCGGAAGUUGAAAGAGGUUCUUGGCCACUCGCCUCUGCAGGUCCUCGCAGGUGCUGUACUUGGUGUU